AUGGGUAAACAUAAACAGCGAUCUUCUUCUAGUUCAAGUAGUAAUAGAAAAAAACAUAAGAAAAAGCACCAUCAUCAAAAGAAAGAAGUGAAAUAAGAACAUGUCAAGAAAGAAGAAGAGCCAUAACCAAUUUAACCUGAAAUAAUAAAAGAAAAACCUUGUUUUGAGGCAUCUGGGAUAUUAGCUUAAUAUGCAGAAAAUGCUUUAGGGAAUGGCAAGGUACUAAAGUUUACAAUACCAUUUGAUGCUAAAAUUCCAACAGCUAAUUGGCAGAUAUUUCCCUUUAAGGGAACACAAUCAUAUCCUUCUAUCUCUUUAAAAGGAAAGUCAGUAUUUCUGAUUGGGAAGGAUAAAGAAAUAGUUGAUAUCUUAGUUGAAAACCUAUCAGUUUCAAAAUAGCAUUGUGUUAUAUAAUUUAGAGAAAUCAAGAAGGUAAAUGGUUAAGGAGAAGUGUUAUCCUAUAUCAAACCAUAUGCAAUGGAUUUAGAGAGCACUAAUGGGACCUAUCUAAAUGAGUAGUAAUUAGAGCCUGCAAGAUAUUAUGAAUUAUUAGAAGAGGAUGUACUCAGAUUUGGGAAAAGCGACAGGGAAUAUGUACUUAUAAAAUCAUGA